UUAUAAUAUAGAUAAUUAUGGGCCACGGAAAUACAAGUAGUUACCCGUGGGGACCAAACGAUGUAUGUCCCGGUGGAUUAAUUUUACCAAUUCUGGACGAACGACUAUGGCCAAUCAAAGUACGGGUGGCUGUUUAUUUAUUUACAUUGCUUUAUUUCCUAUUGGGAAUAUCUAUUGUUGCUGAUGUAUUUAUGACUGCUAUUGACAAAAUUACUAGUCAUACAAAAAAAGUUUAUUUGGCUAAAGAGUUAAAGCCAAAUGGCUCGGACGUUUCUCUUCGACCAGACCAACCAGAAGUAAUAGAAGUGCGUAUAUGGAAUCCAACGAUUGCAAAUCUCACGUUGAUGGCUUUAGGUACAUCUUCACCCGAAAUUUUGUUGUCUAUUAUUGAAACGGUGGGCCAUCAUUUUGAAGCUAGAAAAUUAGGACCGAACAUCAUUGUUGGAUCAGCUGCUUUCAAUUUGUUAAUUAUUACAAGUUUAUGUACACUUUCGUUAGGCUUAAACGAAAAAAGAAGAAUACACGACUUAAAAGUAUUUUUAGUGAUAGGUGCAUUUAGUUUCUUCGCUUAUAUUUGGCUCCUUUUAAUAAUCGAAGUAAUUUCGCCAAAUGUCAUUGAAUUAUGGGAAGCUGCGGCGACGUUCUUAUUAUUUCCAAUCCUUAUGUUUUUCGCUUAUGCUACCGAUCAAAAUUGGUGUGGAAAAAGCACUGAACACAACACACAUCAACUAGACCUAGACCUAGGGCAGAAUGGAACAAAAAAUAAAUUCAUUUUAAAUAAUGGAAAAAUAGACAAGGAAAAUUUGAUUAAAUUCGUGAAAAAUGUAAAGAAAUACUCCGGGAUAACUGAUGCAGACGCAGCAAAACUUGCAGCUACCAAAUUGAUCGAUUCAACACAUCGCGGAGCUAUGUGGUAUCGCAUUGGAGCAGUUAGACGGUUUACAGGUGGCAAGCAAAUAGAGCCUGUUUUAGAAGACCAUCUCAGACAAGUUUAUGACGUAAUAAAAAAAAAUGGCGAAAAUGGAUACGAUACAUUAAACCAUAAGCCGCCUACUUUGUCACAAAACGAUGAAACAAAAUAUGCGAUAAUAGAGUUUCACGCCCCCACAAUCGCGGUUAAUGAAAAUAUAGGACGAUUUCCCGUCACCAUUUGGCGACACGGAAAUCUAAACACUAAAGCAACUGUUAGAGUGGAUAGUAUCAAUGGAACAGCUAAGGAAGGAGAAGAUUUUGUAAAAGUGAAGGAGAUUGUUGAAUUUAAAGAAAAUGAAGAAGAAAAAGAAAUUUAUAUUGAAAUACUUGAUGAUAAUAAAUGGGAACCCGAUGAAGAGUUUUUCCUUAGAUUGUCUGUGGUCCAUCAUAAAGAUUUAUCUGUAAAACUUGGUUGUAUUUCAAUCAUGGAAGUGACUAUAAUCGACAACGAUGAACCUGGUAUUAUAAGCUUUGGUAAAAGAGGACUAUUGGUAAAAGAGAGCACAGGGUUCGUCGAGGUGCCAAUUGUUCGAACGCAUGGAUCAGACAGCGAGGUCAGUGUCAAAUGGAAGACUAUUGAUGAAUCAGCCAUUUCCGGACGAGAUUAUGUAGGCGGCGAGGGUGAAAUUAUUUUCAAAGAUAAAGAAGUGGCUAAAAUUCUGCGAGUCGAAAUAAUCAAUGAUAUGUGUCCAGAGAAAGACGAAUGUUUUGAAAUCAAAUUAUUUGAAACUACAGGCGGUGCCAGAAUUGGAAAUGUUAAUAGGAUAGCCAUCACGAUCAGUAGUGACGAUGAUUUUGAUUCAGUGGUCGAUCGUCUGAUGUUGUUGACUAACAUAAACAUUCAUGCACUUGAAUUGCACCGUCAAACUUGGGCGGAACAAAUUAAAACAGCGAUGACUGUGAACGGUGGCGAUUUGACCAACGCAACAACUUUGACUUAUGUGUUGCACUUUUUUUCGUUUUUUUGGAAGGUCGUAUUUGCUUUCAUACCACCAGCGGCCGUGUUUUCUGGUUGGUUAAGAUUUUUCACCUCCCUCACGUUAAUAGGAGUCAUGGCCACGAUAAUCGGCGAUUUAGCUACAAUUUUCGGUUGCUUGAUUGGACUAGACGACGCCGUGACCGCAAUUACAAUAGUGGCACUCGGAAUGUCAUUACCAGAUAUUUUGGGAGCCUGCAUGGUCACUCGAGCGGAAACCCACGCAGACGAGGCUAUGAUACACAUCGCAGGUUCAAUAGCUGUAAAAGUAUUGAUGGGCGUAGGACUGCCGUGGUUUAUUUCUGCUUUGUAUCACUACUCUCACGGAAACUUGUUCGAGAUUCCGUCGACUCGUAUUGGUUUUAAUGUUCUUUUAUAUUCUGUUAUGGCGAUUUUGGCUGUAACUGUAUUAAUGGUCCGUAGAAAUACGGCCGUGAACGAGAAUUCAGAAUUCGAACUGGUUACCAAAAGCAGAGAAGGACCUUAUAGAUAA